UCUACAUUUCUGCACGGACAGAAACACAGCUUUUGACGUGUGUGUGUGUGUGUGUGUGUGUGUGUGAGUGUGUGUGUGUGUCUGUGUGUGUGCAUUGCUGAUAGAGUUGAGACAGCUUUUUCUUCUGCCAUGUAUAACUAUAACUAUGAUAUAGCAUUAACCCAUACACUAGAGAACAAUGUAAUAAAUUAGAUAUCUCCUUAUUUUGGAGGGAGAAAAUGGAAACAUCCUUAGUUUUCUUUUCUCACUUAAAUAUGUGUGAAUCAAAAGAAAAAACUUUCUUCAAGCUAAUGCAUGGUACAGAAAAAGAAGAAACAAGCAAAGAAGCCAAAAACAGAGCUAAGGAAAAAAGAAACAGGCUAAGUCUUCUUGUUCAGAAAGCUGAGUUACAUGAAGAGACCCACUCCAGUAGAUCUCGGCCCUUGGCCAGAGAAACAAGUGUCUCUCCUGAAGAAGCAGUGAAAUGGGGGGAAUCCUUUGACAAGCUGCUUUGCCAUAGAGAUGGACUGGAUGCUUUUACCAGAUUUCUUAAAACUGAAUUCAGUGAGGAAAACAUUGAAUUUUGGAUAGCCUGUGAAGAUUUCAAGAAAAGCAAGGAACCUCAACAAAUAAUCCUUAAAGCAAAAGCAAUAUAUGAGAAAUUUAUACAGAACGAUGCUCCACAAGAGGUGAAUCUUGAUUUUCACACCAAAGAAGUCAUCACUAAGAGUAUCACUCAUCCCACACUCCACAGUUUCGAUGCUGCACAAAGCAGAGUGUAUCAGCUCAUGGAACAAGACAGCUAUACACGAUUUCUGAAGUCUGAUAUCUAUUUAGACUUGAUAGAGGGAAGACCUAAGAGACCAACAAAUCUUAGGAGACGAUCACGCUCAUUUACCUGUAAUGAAUUCCAAGAUGUGAAAUCCGAUGUCGCCAUCUGGUUAUAAGUAAAGUUGAUUUUGCUCAUUUUGAUGGUAAACUUGUAGAUCUUCUAUGACGUGGCACGUUUAUGUUAAGAAAUGAUUACAUUUUUAAAAGUGAAAUAUAACAUGUGAAAUGAUUUAAAAAUGUAAACCCAAGCUUUUAUCUAAGAAAUACAUGCUGUAUCUUCCAAUAUAUUCUGUAAUUUAAAAACUUUCCAUUUGAUAUCUUUCCAAUCAUAAUCAGAAAACUCAUUCCUAGUUAAAAGGCAGUACAUAAGCCUUGAAAUUGAAUGUUUUAUAAGAUUGUGAAGUAAAGAUUAAGUUUUUGCAAAACUGCCAUAAGUUUGAUCAAAUAUCUAAUAUGGGUAUUUUUUCCUAGGUAUAAACAACAGCACUUAUAUAUCCAUGUGUUCAGACAGCGUUUUCCAUAGUGAUGAAUACUCUUUACCUCAAUAAUAAUGUAGAUGUAAUCCAGUUGUUACGAUUGCAAGGAUGAACAUUGGUACUAAUACCGGCUCAAGAACACAAAUAUGUCACUUUUACUAUUACACCAGCAAAGGGAACUUUUACAAAGUCACAUAUGUCUAUAAGGGACUUCCAGGUUAAAUAUAGUCUAGGUUGAUAAGUGAGCAUGAACUCCUUCUGGAAUGAGUAUGGGCUUGUCCAGGUGCAUGUUAGCAUUUCCUCUGGUUACACAAUCAGAUUGUGCAAAUCUCCAGGUUGGGACUAAGUGAAGUAUAUCCUCAUCUGCUAGAUGAAGUUGCUAUUGAAAUAGUAGACAAUAUGCUUCGAAUGAGGAAGACAUUUUUGCUAGGACUAAACAGGUCUCAUGUUUGUACUUCUAAAUUUGGGGAAGAAUUUAGAAUUGAGAAGAAGUAAUGGAGAAAGGAAUUUAAGGUCUUAGAAAUUCAGGCAUCUGCCACAUUUUAUCAUACUCACAACAUAUUAUUACAUUAAUUAUAUUAUCAUUAUAAAUCUGAAUUAAUACUGUUAUUCAACCAAAAUUAUAUUAAUGAGCAUAUUUGUGUUUAUUUUAUGGAGAUAUUUAAUUUUAAAUCUAUAUUACACAGUCUGUAAAUAUCUAUAUUUAAAGAUACUACACAUUUGGCUUUGGUAAAUGUCAUUUAAAUUGAAAUACAAAAUGAAAAAUUUGAUCAUCUAAAAUAAUAAAGAUUUUAAAAUUUGUUAUUCAUACAGUUAAGUUUAUUUGGCAGUAAACCCUCCUCUAAUUAUUGAUUAUCCCUAUUAUCAAAUAAGGAAUAACCAUUUUUCAUAGAAUGAUAGUGAGAUAGUAUUAAUUGAGGCACUGUCAUUUAUUUUGAUGUAAGCUUAACACUUUAUAAUGUUGUUAAUAGAAAAACAGUGUUUCAUACAUUUUUAAGGUCAACUAAGAAAGUGAUUUUUCUUUAUCCAAUAUGGAUACUAUUCUGUGGCAAUCUCACUUUAUAAGAUGUGUUUUAUGAGCUGAAUCAGCAUUCGGUGUAUGCUUUCUGGUUUCAUCACAAAAAAUGUGGACUGAUUUUAGCAGUGUUGAUCUGGGAACAUACACAUUAUAUACAUACAUAGAUAUAAUACAGUCUUUCUAUUUGUAAUACUUUUCAAAAUCAUCCAACUUUAAAAGUAUAAUAAAAUAAUUACAAAUAUUUUUCAA